UUGUGUAAUAGCUUAAUUGUGGCAAUUUAUUCUACAUCAGAAAACGAUGUUUUAAUAUUUAUAUCUUACUGAACAAGUGUAGCUGAUAGCCACUCUAAUUAAUCUAGUCUUUAAAAAGCUCUUACAAAAUCUAAAUCGGUCUAAAUCUAAAACUGGACUAUACUGCCAUUAAGCUGACAUGGGUUGAUACAUCUGGGAUAGUCAAAACAAUAAGAAGCGAGUGCAGUUGUUUUUUGUUUGGCGGCAGGAACUUGCCCCUUAGAAGAGACAAACGAAGUCCGCUGCUCACAAUGAUUUCCGUUCAAGGUUAUUCGCUAAACAGGAUGCAUCAGUGUGUGUGUUGUUUUGGUGCCUGGAAUGCCUACGGACGAAUCUUUCUCCAUUCUCUGAGAUAAACUGGAUAUUUUCUUCCUAAAGCGAGUAGUAUGAGAGUGACGGGAUGAUGCGGGUGCUGAUUGUGAUGUUCUCCUCUUUUUUAAUCGUCGGCGGGACCAGUCGAGUGAGCACUACCUGCACAGCCGAGGCUUGCCUUACAUUGCAUUUGGAAAAGGAACAUUUUGAAAAGGCUUCCAAAAACUGUAUUGACAAUGGAGGCAAGUUGGUCACCAUGAGAAAUGACGAUGAACUCCAGAGCGUUAAAUCUGCGGUUUUGGCAGCGGCGGCAGAAGGCGAGAAAGAGCGCGUCUUCAGCUCUAAACUUUGGAUCGGACUUUCCUUGCAGAAAAGGCGCUGCACUGACUCCACGGAGGAGCUGCACGGCUUCAGGUGGACUUCAGAGCCAGAGGAUUCGCAAUAUUCCUACUGGAAGAAGAAGCCUUUGAGGACGUGUACGGAAAAAAGAUGCGUGUCCAUUUCUCUGGCGGAUGAUCUCAGAUGGACAGACGGCUCGUGUCGAGACCGCGCGUUUUACAUGUGCAAAUUUCUUUCCAAAGGCAUGUGCAGACCUAUAGUGCUGGAAGAACAGAGUGAAAUUAAAUACAACCUUCCGUUUUUAUCAGAACCGCUCACUCUUGAUGAACGGCUGGUGAUGAUACCGCACGGGACAUGGGCUGAAGUACAAUGCGUUGGGUCGGAGAUGCCUAUUAUCUCAUUUUGCAGCAACCAAGAUGGUCCGUUUGACUGGACAAAUUCUGAGCGCUUUUGCGCACCGGAAAAAAGAAGUUGCGAACUUAAAAACGGAGGCUGUGAGCAGCUUUGCUCGGUGACCGCAGGAGGGGGUGUUCGUUGUGAAUGUCGCGAAGGUUAUCACCUGAUGGAUGAUAAAGUUAGCUGUGCUGCCAAAGACAACUGCGAAAAUUUACCUUGUGAGUUCAAGUGUCUACCGACAGCCACUGGAUACUCCUGCGCAUGCGCGGAGGGCUUUCGUUUGUCUGGAGACAACAUCAGCUGCGUCGAUAUCAAUGAAUGUAGUGAAGAAAUCUGCGGUGACCACUGGUGUCAAAACACGCCUGGAAGUUAUCGUUGUGACUGUCAUCCUGGUUUCAAGCUCGUUGCUGGCAAAUGUGAAGACGUGGACGAGUGCACUGAACUCAAAUGUGAGCAGGGCUGUCUGAAUUCAGAGGGCUCAUUCUCUUGCUAUUGCCACGCAGGUUACAUUUUAUUAGCUGACGAUAGAGGGAUUUGUAUUGAUGUCAAUGAAUGUAUUCUUGGUAAACCAUGUGAAGACAUUUGCACCAACACGUUUGGUAGUUUCGAGUGUUCCUGCAGGGAACACUUCACUUUGGCUAAUAAUGGCAUCAGCUGCGUCCCGAACCCCACAGAGAGAGCACAAAUCACUCCAGCUCUUAAAGAAUCAAUCAUAACCAGCUUGACUCAGUUACCUGACGGAUUUGGAGUGACAACAGUAAACCCAGCUUCACUUAACAAGACAAACACUAAAACAGAUUCUAUUAAAUCAAGAACGUUUCUCGGAAGUUCUUGGAUUUUGGUUUGCGUCUUGGGUUCUGCUGUUCCAUUGAUUGUGCUCAUUGUGAUCGCAUCCGCUUUUGUCAUCUACCGAUGGAAACGUUCAAGAAGAAACACUUUGAAAAAUGCCACAGCUGACAACUACUGCUGGGUUUCAUCUGGGUUGGACAGCGAGCAGAAAAAGAGCAACAGGAGUAAUUACAGACUAAACAACGGCCAAAUGCGAGCAUAGAUAUUGUAUCGUAUGCACAAAGUUUGAUUCAGUGCACUGAAAAAAAGUUGUCUUUCAUUCAAAGUACAUUUGUAAAUUGGAUUAACGUGCUGAAAAAAACAGGUUAAACUAGCAUAAGCUGCUGGGGGUUUUAGCUGGUUGACCACCAGCCUAGUUUUAGAGGGGUUUUGGCCAUUUCCAGCCUGGUUUUGAAAACUAAUUCAAAACUUAAUUACCAUGAUUUGUUAAAAUUAAAUGAAUUAAGCUUGACAAACAUAAUUUAUGACAGUUUUCAGUGAUGAGUUAAGUUAAUUAUUUUAGGUGUAACAAAUGGCAAUUACAAGUAUUGUUCACUUGUACUUGCCAUAAAAGUUUUAUAUUAUCAUGGGAAGGAAAUUAUUUAUAUUGUAAUAAAAGUAUUAUUAAUAUUGUAUUACAUACAGUAAAUUAUUAAAACUUGUUACACCUAAAAGAACUAAAUAUUUUUUUACUGAAAACUGUCAUAAAUUAAGUUUGUCAAAUCAAUUCAUUAAAUUGUAACAAGUCAAAGUCAUUUGUUUAAGUUUUCACUGGUUUUGGCUGGGCUCCCUGCAUAGGCUGGUUUUAGCUGGCCAUCUCCCAGCCUGACUAGCUAAAACCUUGAAGGAAAUGGCUAAAACCAGAAUAAAAAUAGCCAAAACCCUUCAAAGACCAGGCUGGUUGACCAGGUUAAAUUAAUCAACAGGCCUAGGCUGAUUUACACGUUGUUGUUUUUUUUUUUUCAGCAGUAUAAGUGAAAAAAAAUGGUUCUGGUCUUAAUCUGUUUUAUGUAAUUUGCCUUAAAGCAAAAAAAUCAUGCCCCUAGGAAAAAUUUAAAGCAUUGGGUUUUCUCAAAAGUAGUGUUUUCUCUUUAAACCAGCUGGUUUCAUGUCAAGUGACAUAUAUAUAUAUAUAAAUUUAGGUUUUAAGUUUAACCAAAGUAAUUGAAUUAAUGCAUGGUCUAUAAAACUAUAAAACAAUAUUUUAGUCUAUGUAUUUUUUCUCUUUGGGUCAAAUAAAUAUUUAGAUUAAAAUUAAAAUACAUUUUAUUUUAUUAAAAUACGUCAAAGCGAUAAUUAGGGAAAAUUAUUAAUUUAGGUGUAACAAAUUACAGUUUUUUUUAUGGUGGUCCAAAGCAAAUCUAUACUUUUUUGUAUAGAUAAAAAAAGAGUAAAUCCAAGAUAAACCUUGAUGUAGGAGGGAUCUACGCUAAAUACACUCUGCAUAGUAAACAAUAUUUUUACUUUGUGUGAGUGUAUUUUUUUUCUUUAAAACAAUAAAUAUAUUUGAUUUAAAUAAAAUUUUAAGGUUAAAUCAAAGUUACAUUAUACUUCAACCAUUAAGCUUCAACAUAAUAAACUACAAAUACAUUUUAGCUGUAGCAAAUUCAUUUUUUAAAGGUGGUUCAAAGUAUAAUUGUUUUUUAGUGUGGUUCAUUCACACCUGUAUGCACAAAGUUUGAUUCAGUGUUUCACAUUUGCCUGUUUUACACAGUUCAGACUUCAGAAUCAUUUUGUGCAUUCUGUUCAUCAAAAUUAAAAUUCUAGAAUGAUCAUUUAUCAUCCAUGUAGAAUAAAUAAUUACACAUAACAAAACCCCAAUACAACAGAAGUACACUUUUUACCAUUUGAAUUAUUAAAUGCGAUUCCUGUAAUUACUGUUCUUUGUUUCUUAAUUGUGAUAGCCUAUAAUUUCACAGGAUAUUAAGAGUUUUAUUUGGACAAUGUUUGACUGAACUUUGUAUUUCUUUCAACAAAUAAUGAUAGAUUUUAUUCACACUGUCUUUUAUCCAAGAAAUGUAUGUACAUAUGCUAUAGCUGUCAGAAAUUAAUCUAUCCUGAGACAUUAAUUUGAGUAAAAGCACAAAAUUCAACUCCUAUUCAACUGCCAUUGUUUUUUAUCUCUGUACAUUUUUGUGGCCCAAAUAAAGCUUCAUCUAAAUGC